AUGGAUUCCGGCAUAGAGCUAACGCGCGCCGCGAAGCGCAUCUUCGAGCAGAUUCGACAGCAGCGGCAGCAUCGCUUUGCCACAUUCGCCAUCUGCCCCGAGAACUCGCAGAUCCUGGUGGAUGCUGUGGGGGAGCGGGCGGCAAGCUACGAGGAUUUCCUGCGCGACCUGCAGGGUCGUGGACACGGACAGGCGGGACAGGCGAAGUGCCGCUUUGCCAUCUACGACUACGAGUACGAGCAUCAGUUCAAGGACAUCAAAGACUCCUGCCCGAGCAUCAAGCAGAAGCUGGUGCUGCUGCUCUGGUGCCCGGAGCAGGCCGCCAUCAAGGACAAGAUCCUCUACGCCAGUUCGAUAUUUGCCAUCAUGCGUGGCUUCAUCGGCAUACAGAAGUUCAUCCAGGCCAAUCAGCUGGAGCAGGUCCAGCAAGAGGCCAUCGAGCUGCAGCUGCGCGCCCUGGACAGGGACUAG